UCACAGAAUUGCGCGAGAUCCUCGAUUCGAACGGUUGCCGUGCUCGCACAAGGGUACCUAUGCUGAUGACUGCUUGGUUCAGCGUAUCAUGCAACAUAAAUGCUACAUUGUGGCCACUUGCGAUCGUGACUUGAAACGACGUAUUCGUAAAGUUCCGGGUAUUCCCAUUAUGUAUAUCUCAGGUCGUAAAUACGUUAUCGAACGACUUCCGGAACUUGGCACCAAUACUUUUUAGACAUUUUUUUUAUACUUAUCUCCCUGUGAACUGUAAAUAAACUGCAUCAAUCAUCAUGUUCUUGUCCUUCAGGCAGAGUAACGAUGUGUCGAUCCAUUGGACGCGCUAUGGGAAGAAAAAAAAAAAGUCUCAGGAGUGAGCGCUUUCCGAAAUAAAGGCGAGGGGCAUUUUUCACAUGCUUCGCAGCGACUGAAAUUUCCUGCGGAAAGCGCUUAGGCUGUUUCUUUUGCAUUUUUUAUCAACUAUCAAUGAGUGAAACGAACGAGACCAUGCGUAUUGCUCUGGUCAUGGGAGCUACAGGAGCUGUGGGCAAAGCGGUAUUGAAGGAUCUUUUGCUGAACAGCACCUAUGCCAAGGUGGUGAUUGUAGGCCGACGCGCCGCGGAGUUAAGCAACGACAUUCCGCAAGAGAAACUGGUGCAGAAAACCGUUGAUUUCGAAAACUUGGAGCAACAUCGUGAAGCUUUUCGUGGAGUAAAUGACGUUUAUUGCUGCUUGGGUACAACGCGUGCUGAUGCUGGUGGAGCUGCGCAAUUUAAAAAGAUUGAUCAAGGUUACGUGGUAAAUUCAGCUAAAAUUAUCGCUGAAGAGAAUCCUGCAAAGACACAAGGCGAGACCGUUUCUCCCAUCCAUUUCCUGUACUGUUCAUCAGCGUCUGCAAACAAAAACUCGCUCUUCCUAUACAUUCAGACAAAGGGUGAGACGGAGGACCGGUUAUCUAAUCUUGGAUUUCAGCGUGUAUCGAUCUUCCGGCCUGGCUUGCUAGAACUCGAAGAGCCUCGCAGCCGUCCGCGAUUUGCCGAAACCAUCUUUGCCACCAUCUUUUCGCCCAUCAAUCGAACCCUGGGGCUUCAUAUGGCUGCUCAAGUAGGCGCAGUAGCACGAGCUAUGCGCAAAGUAGCGAAUGACGAUCCAAAAUUGCAAGGAUUGAUUGAUAAGAAGAAGGCGACCAGCGAAAGUGGGUCGCAGGUGACGAUCUACAGUAACAAAGAUAUCGACAUGUUGAAUGAAUGAAUGAACGAAUAAAUAAUCAAUCGAUCGAUUGACUGCCAACCUAUAGAAUAUAA